AUGACGUCAUAUGCAAUUCCCAUCGGAUGUCCAACGAUUGGAGGCGGACGCCGAUGGAAACGUCACAAGAAGCUCAGACUCGAGAGCGAUCCGGCCAAACCAUUACCAGCAGUCCGCCAGCGGGCCUUGACUCCGCCACUACCACCGGCGCCCGCCCCACGUGCAGGCAUCUUUCCGUUUCGUAAGGGCCGGCGGACUCAUGAACAAGAAAGGGAUCAUGACCAGAAGCAAUCGCCUUUCUUUGCUAAACUACCACGGGAGGUUCGGACUUUGAUCUACCGAGAGGUUCUGGCCCCUAAGGACCACCCGGGUCUACAUGUUGCCAGUGCCGAUGCGCGAUUGUUGAGUCGACGCUGCCGGGACGACAGUUGGGCGGUACUGGGGUGGAGGCACCCGUGCUGGGGUGGAUACCACAAGAAAGAUGGGACGACAGGUCCGACGUGCAGUGGUGGGGGAUAUAAACCUGAGGAAGAUUCUCCAUACGCCACUCGAAUGGGAAUAAUACAGUCAUGUCGUCGUAUAUAUGCCGAGUCGAUUGAUAUCCUCUACUCCGACAAUGUUAUUGACUUUCGCCAAACUCGGACGGUGUCGGAGUUUGGGCGUUCUAUACUGCCACACCGCCUCCACAGGGUUAGAUUCCUGCAUCUGGCGUUGCCACUGGACAUCUACUGGUACAGCGAUACAAUUAAAGCUUGUGCUGCGAUUUGGCCUCUCGACAUGCCGUUCUUCUGGGAAGAGGCAUGGGAGACCAUCCCGAGGUUCAAGUCGUUGCAGCGACUUCGGGUUUCACUAAGUUACAGGAAAUACGGGGAUGAGCCAGAACUUGGCGCGCUGGUGAAAUUGAUGAAGUCGAUGGUACCAAUCAAGGUCCCUGAGUAUGUGGUCGACUUGAACUGGCCGGUGGAGGUAGACAAGCUUGUCGCCCUGUUGGGGAAUGAGGUGCCCUUUGAAAUCCGUUUCAAUGAUCUGCUGGAGUACUAG